GGUCACUCUUGUGUCUGGCUAGGCUAGAAAGAAAACACAGGCGGAAUGUGCAAAGUUGUUUGAUACAUUGGACCUAUCUAUCCCAAUGUGAAACUAAUCACAAGUUGAACUCUUUCUUGUUUUAGUUUUCCCAUCAUACUACCAGUUUUUCUCAUCAAACAUCAAUCACUCGCAGCUAGCAUAGCUAGCUAACCAUGGCUGAUUCUUCCUUUGAGCUUGACUCCUUCUCCUCCACAAGCUACCAGAGACGACACAAUACAACGCCGCUGAGCUACCGCAGUGUCUCCGGCUCGAACUCUUUCAUACCAUCAAGCUCUCGAAGCAGAGCUUCUCGCCGCAGCAGAGUUGUUCCUCCUACCACACCCUUUGCCACGGACGAUGACCGUUCGUGGCAAGGAGAGGUUUCAUGGAAGUUCGAGGCCACCGGGUUCCGUGAGCACAGCACAAACUUCGGCUCUGCUCUGAGUCCAUGGCCAGAUACCACCCCAUCUGAUCGCAGCCGCGUGUUUCGCCAAUCAGCAAAUGACUUUUACCUCUCUCGAACAUCCAAUUUCAGAGGCCUCACAGGCUCAUCUCAUGACUAUUCUUCCUAUGGCAGAGUUGAACUCCGGAGCCAUGUUGCUAGGGACAAUAACAAUGAUAAUUCUCUUGCUUUCUCCAAAUUGGGAAUCAUCAAAGAGGUUAAACACAGGACUAGUCCAUUGGCUGAGGAAGAUGAGCUCAGUAUGAUAGAUUAUAGCAUAACAGAAGACAACUUUAUUUCACCUACUACAAAGAAUGUUCAUCAUGAUCAUGAAUCAUCACAUAAUAAACAUGAUGGUUAUGGUGGGGUUUAUUAUGUUGAUCAUCAUGGGGUACCAUCACAUGAGAGCAAAUACUCUAGCAAAUUUUAUAGUCACCAUGAUACUAAGAAGGUUUCAGGAUAUGUUGAUGAUGAAGAAAGUGAGGAGGAUGAGGGAGAUGCAGGGGCUCCAAGGACAAUUGGGCUUUUUAGCUUGUUCAGGUACUCAACCAAGUUGGAUUGGGUGCUAAUGUUUUUUGGUUGCUUAGGGGCUCUCAUUAAUGGAGGAUCACUUCCUGGCUAUUCUUAUCUUUUUGGAAACUUGGUUAAUAAGCUUUCAGGGGAAGCAGAGAAUGACAGAAAACAAAUGUUGAAGGAUGUAGAGAAGAUGUGCUUAUUUAUGACCGGAUUAGCUGCGGUUGUGGUAGUUGGAGCAUAUUUGCAGAUCACAUGUUGGAGGCUAGUGGGAGAGCGAUGUGCUCAGAGGAUCAGAACUGAGUAUCUAAGAGCAGUUCUUCGACAGGACAUUAGUUUUUUUGAUACUGAGAUGAACACUGGAGAUAUCAUGCAUGGAAUUGCUAGUGAUGUUGCACAAAUUCAAGAAGUUAUGGGAGAGAAGAUGGCCCAUUUCAUCCAUCAUGUAUUUACAUUCAUAUGCGGGUAUGCAGUUGGGUUUAGAAGAUCAUGGAGAGUCUCUCUGGUGGUAUUCUCAGUCACCCCAUUGACAAUGUUCUUAGGCAUAGCUUACAAAGCAAUUUAUGGUGGUCUAGCAGCAAAAGAGGAAGCUUCUUAUAAGAAAGCUGGCAGCAUUGCUGAGCAGGCCAUCAGUUCAAUCAGGACAGUGUUUUCUUUUGUUGCAGAAAGCCAAUUGGGUGAAAAAUAUGCUGACCUACUGCAAAAAUCAGCUCCAAUUGGAGCAAGAAUUGGAUUUGCUAAGGGUGCAGGCAUGGGUGUUAUCUAUUUAGUUACCUAUUCAACAUGGGCCUUGGCUUUCUGGUAUGGCUCCAUUUUAAUUGCCAAGGGUCAACUUGAUGGAGGUUCUGCUAUUGCUUGUUUCUUUGGUGUCAAUGUAGGAGGAAGAGGCUUGGCACUGGCACUUUCAUAUUUUGCACAAUUUGCACAAGGAACUGUUGCAGCAAGCCGUGUGUUCUUUAUCAUAGAAAGAGUCCCUGAGAUUGAUCCCUAUAGUCCUGAGGGUAGGAAGGUUUCCUCUGCUCGUGGAAGGAUUGAGUUGAAAAAUGUUAGUUUCGCAUACCCAUCUCGUCCUGAUUCUCUGAUACUUAAUUCCCUUAACUUGGUGUUUCCAUCUUCAAAAACUCUUGCAUUGGUUGGUGCAAGUGGAGGGGGCAAGUCCACUAUCUUUGCUCUUAUAGAGAGGUUUUAUGACCCUAUUGAAGGAAUUAUUACUUUGGAUGGUCAUGAUUUGAGGACAUUGCACGUAAAGUGGCUAAGAGAUCAGAUUGGGAUGGUUGGUCAGGAGCCAGUUCUCUUUGCCACAUCUAUACUGGAAAAUGUGAUGAUGGGGAAAGAUAAUGCCACCAAGGAAGAGGCAAUUGCUGCUUGCAAAGCUGCUGAUGCUCACAAGUUCAUCUAUAACUUACCACUAGGCUAUGACACUCAGGUUGGAGAUAGGGGUACAAAGCUUUCAGGAGGUCAGAAGCAGCGAAUUGCGUUGGCUCGAGCGAUGAUCAAAGAUCCUAAAAUCCUUCUUUUAGAUGAACCUACAAGUGCUCUUGAUGCUGAGUCUGAAUCUGCAGUCCAAAGGGCCAUUGACAAGAUUUCUGCAGGCAGAACAACCAUUGUCAUUGCUCACAGGAUAGCAACAGUGAAGAAUGCUCAUGCCAUUGUAGUCCUUGAACAUGGUUCUGCCACUGAGAUCGGUGACCACCGCCAGCUUAUGGCGAAAGCGGGAACCUACUACAACCUUGUCAAGCUUGCUACUGAAUCCAUUUCACAACCUCUCUUUAAAGAAAAUGGCAUGCAGAAAGCCAAUGAUUUAUCCAUCUAUGAUAAAUCUGCUCCUGAUGUAUCAAGAUCAGAAUAUUUAGUUGAUAUCUCGCGGCCUAAGAUCUUCAAACCCAUGGAGGAGGAUGAACAAGACGAGAUGGAAGAUAAGAAAGAUAAAAGGGCAAGACAAUACAGACUUUCUGAGGUAUGGAAAUUGCAAAAACCAGAAUCUGUGAUGCUACUUUCAGGGUUUCUUCUGGGAAUGUUUGCAGGUGCUAUUCUGUCCCUUUUCCCAUUGAUUUUAGGCAUAUCCCUGGGGGUGUAUUUUGGCGAUGACCUUUCAAAGAUGAAAAGAGAUGUUGGAUACCUUUGUUUGGUACUUGUUGGCCUUGGAUUUGGUUGCAUACUUUCCAUGACAGGACAACAAGGCUUGUGUGGUUGGGCUGGCUCAAAGCUAACACUGAGGGUUAGAAACCUCUUGUUUCAAUCCAUACUGAAACAAGAACCUGGAUGGUUUGAUUUUGAAGAAAACUCCACUGGAGUGUUGGUGUCAAGGCUCUCAAUAGACGCUGUUAGUUUUCGGUCGGUACUCGGUGACCGAAUCUCAGUCCUUCUUAUGGGGUUGAGUUCAGCUGCUGUAGGCCUUGGCGUGUCCUUUGCCUUCAAUUGGAGACUAACCCUUGUUGCAGCUGCUUUAACUCCUUUAGCCCUUGGUGCAAGCUAUGUAAACUUGAUCAUAAACAUCGGGCCGCGAGUUGACAACACCUCUUAUGCCAGAGCUAGCAACAUUGCUUCUGGUGCAGUGUCAAACAUAAGAACAGUUGCAACAUUUUCAGCCCAGGAACAGAUAGUCAUGUCCUUUGAUAGAGCAUUAUCAGAACCUAUGAAAAAAUCAUUAAAAAGUUCACAACUUCAAGGUCUUGUGUUUGGAUUCUUUCAAGGUGCCAUGUAUGGAGCAUACACCUUAACUCUUUGGUUUGGAGCCUACCUUGUAAAAAUUGACAAAGCAUCAUUUAAUGAUGUGUAUAAGAUUUUUCUCAUUCUUGUUCUGAGCUCAUUUUCUGUGGGACAAUUAGCUGGUCUAGCACCGGAUACUUCUAUGGCGGCUUCAGCGAUUCCUUCAGUUCAAGAUAUCAUAAACAGAAGGCCACUCAUAGGGAGCGAUGGAAGAACCAAAAGUAGGAAACUUGGAAGAUCAAAGGAGAUGAAAAUAGAGUUCAAAAUGGUGACAUUUGCAUAUCCAUGUAGGCCUGAGGUGACUGUGUUGAGGGAUUUCUGUUUGAAGGUGAAAGGUGGAAGCACUGUGGCCUUGGUGGGACCAAGUGGAUCAGGAAAAUCAACAGUCAUAUGGAUGACACAGAGGUUCUAUGAUCCAGAUGAAGGGAGUGUGAUGCUGGGUGGGGUGGAUUUGAGAGAGAUUGAUGUGAAGUGGUUGAGGAGGCAAAUAGCUUUGGUAGGUCAAGAACCUGCAUUGUUUGCUGGGAGCAUAAGGGAUAAUAUAGCAUUUGGGGACCCAAGUACUUCAUGGGCUGAAAUUGAAGCUGCUGCAAAGGAAGCUUACAUUCACAAAUUCAUCAGUGGUCUUCCUCAGGGCUAUGAAACCCAGGUUGGUGAAAGUGGGGUUCAAUUAUCAGGUGGGCAGAAACAAAGAAUUGCAAUAGCAAGGGCCAUAUUGAAGAAAUCAAAAGUGCUUCUGCUUGAUGAAGCAAGCAGUGCCUUGGACUUGGAAUCAGAGAAGCACAUACAAGAUGCCCUGAAGAAAGUUUCAAAGGAGGCAACAACCAUAAUAGUUGCACACCGUCUUUCCACAAUCAGAGAGGCUGAAAGGAUUGCAGUGAUGAAAGAUGGGGGAGUGGUUGAGUAUGGUAGCCAUGACACUCUCAUGGCUUCCUCUCAAAAUGGUUUGUAUGCUAGCUUAGUUCGAGCUGAGACUGAAGCCAAUGCCUUUUCUUGAUCCAAAUGAUCUGUGCCUGUAAUAUUAAUUGGAUAAUAUAAAAGGAAAAAAUCCACUCCAUUUUGAAGUGUUUAUACCAUAUUUUAUCCUAAA